AUGACAACUGAGCAGGGCCGUGUUAGUAUACCCACCGUAAAGGAUGGUGAAGAAUGGCCGUUUCUCUUUCGAAUCUACCUCAACUGCGUCACCUGGACUCUGCGCCAGCUUGUAUCAUUUCUGACCGGUCCAAAUGAGGGUCAUGAUCUGGAAGUUAAAAUCAACACCCCAGGAUUGGGAGCGGGGUAUGUGAUCUGUAAUGUGUGGCUACCCCGACCCACGGAUGAAAUCCAACCAAAACAUCCACUGGUGUUAGUUCUUGAAGGCGGUGGCUUUGUCUUGGGACACCCUAAGGAUGGACGUUUAAAUAACCGUCGAAUCGUUGAUGAGACGGGAGCCAUUGUCAUGUCGAUUGAUUACGCCAAGGCGCCCAGAUACCCUUAUCCUCACGCUUUGUUGCAAGUAUACGAAGCGCUACGGUGGGCCCUAACGUCCUCAGCUGCCCGUGAAGGCAUGAAUGUUGAUCCCCGCCGUGUGGCGAUCGGAGGAAAUUCAGCGGGUGGUAAUUUGACAGCAGCUCUAUCGCUAUUACUAUCCUUUCGAAAUGGCCCUUGCUCCAUGUUCAGAGAGGGUCUACCGCUAGACUUCAAGCAGGUUUUACAAUUAAUGCUCUAUCCCAGCCUUGAAUUGCGCUUGCCAUACGAUCUUCGACUUGCCCGGUCUACAAUCGACGCCCAGAAGCACAGCCUACCCGCCUGGAUGGCCCGGGCAAUGGAGCAGUCGUAUCUACCGCCAAGAAUCUGCAAGGAUGAGAUCUUUGUGUCCCCCGCCGCUGCUAGUGUAGAAUUGCUUCGUGAACUGGAUGUUCCACCUGCUAUACUGUUCACCGGUAGUCUCGAUUGCCUCAAGGAGGAGGGCUUCUGUUAUGCCCAAAAUCUUACGAAGGGCGGCAAGGAGGUUACAUUUCAUGAAUUUGAAGGCGGAACUCAUGGAUUCUCAGUCAAGCCGCAGGAGGGAAGUGCGGAGGCGCAGAUCAUGUACGAGGAAUGUUGGGCUAGAAUAUGUCAUUCUCUUCGAGAUGCGUUCUCAUAG